AUGGCAGCGACUCUGAUCUCCGACGAUAACCCUAUCACGGUGACGUGGGAUGGAGACCAUGACUCGGCCAAUCCGUACAACUGGUCCCUGGCUCAAAAAUGGACAUUGACCCUUCUCGCUGUAUUCACCACAUACAUUACCAUGAUGAAUGGCACGAUUAUCACAACCGCACACGCUGCAAUUAGUGAAGAAUUCCACGUUUCAGAGGAAUCGUUUCCCCACUCUUACUGGCCUGUGACAUCGUGGGCACUUGGGGGAUGUUGUUCCUCAUUGUUUAUUCUUCCCUUGAUGGAGGAUCACGGCGUCCGUCCGAUCUUCUUGUCAGCAUAUUUAGUUUUUAUUUGCUUUCUCGUCCCUCAGGCCGUGGCACAAAACUUCGCCACUCUCAUUGUGACACGAUUCUUUGCCGGCAGCAGUGUCGCGGUUCUGGCGAAUACAUCUGCCUCAGUCAUUGGUAAUAUCUGGGAAACGGAAAAGUCACGCUCCAUCCCCGUGAGCCUGUACAUCUUCUCCUACCUAGCGGGCAGCAGCACAGGUCCCGUUAUUGGUGGCGCGAUCUACGAAGGAUUGACAUGGAGAUGGGUGGGGUAUCUCCAGCUGAUCUGGUUUGGAGCACUUCUUCCAGUGUAUUACUUCCUGUUCAAGGAGUCUCGUGGUGCCGUCAUACUCGCUCGUCGUGCCCAGGCAUUGCGGAAACAGGGAAAGCCAGCGUUCACUCAGCUGGAGAUGGAGGCACAGACAGGUUCCGCAUUCAGUCGCUUCGUUCAAAGCUCGACCAGACCCUUGGUUCUGGUAUGUACAGAAUCCGUGGUCCUGGUUUCCACGCUAUGGUCCGCAUUCACUGUCGGCACACUGUUCCUUUUCACACAGUCUGCAGAGCAGGUCUUUGUGGACUUAUAUGACUGGAGUCACACCCAGGCUGGAUAUGUCCAAGCGGCCAUUGUGAUCGGGGAAGUUUUAGGCUGGCUUAUCAACCUAUUCUCCGCGAAGCUCUAUUUUGGCUCUGCCUCGCGCAACACCGAGUCCCCGGGUGUGCCUAUUCCGGAGGCUAGAUUGUAUCUGGCAGUGGUUGGAGGUGUGGUUGGAAUUGCGGGUGGCAUGUUUACCUAUGCCUGGACCUCCUUCGCGCAUAUCCCAUGGAUCGCCCCGGCGAUUGGUCUUGCAAUGGUGGGAGCCGGCAGUGUGAUCGUCGUGGCAGGGGUCUCGGACUAUGUUGUGGAUUCCUAUAGCAAGUAUGCCGGGAGUGCGAUGGGCGCUGUCGCCACCGGGGAGAACCUGUUCUCGGCUUUGCUUCCUCUGGCGACCAUGAGUAUGUACACCAACCUUGGAUUCCAAUGGGCCAGCACUACAUUGGCGUUUAUCUCCUUGGUACUCUCCCUUGCGCCAACUUUGAUGUUCUUCUGGGGAAAGCAAAUCCGUGCACGAAGUCCGUUCAUCAUGGAAGCAGCGAUGAGCUCGGAGCAUAAGGGCGCAGGUGCUGUCUAG